ACCCCAUCCCAUCACUUGGACUAGCACGAUCUAAGGCCAACCAGUCCACCAUAGAGCGUCGCGCGCGCCGCCGGUACCGCACGCCCAGAUCGUUCAAUCGUUUGAGUGAAUCGUGAAUACUGGACGUUAUCCCGUGGAACUAAACUUCACAAAACAAGGUCUUGCAGUGAAACCCUUUUAACGCUUCCAUGAGCACACAAUCAGCAACUGAAGUUUACCAACUUUAAUAUUCUAUUCGUAAAGGUAAAAAAGAUGGCGCCAGCGCAGAAGCAUGUGGAAGUCUGUGAAGAACCUAUCCAUACACAAAUGAAAUUGAGAUUUAUAACUCAAGAAAACAAGGUAAAAAAUGGUGUGCAUUGCAAGAACAAUAAUACAGUGGUGGAAAAUGAUGACAGUGAAAUAAAUACAGAUCCGGACUUUGAUAUAAUGAAAUAUGAAGCCAUGGACUUUAAAGCUAAAAUCAGAUGGCCGGACACUAUUGUACAAAUAUCCUUACAUACAUUGACACUCUAUGGUGUGUACCUGAUUAUAACCAAUCAAGUCAAAGUUUACACUGUAUUAUUUGCAAUUGCAACGAUAUACACAUCCGGUUUCGGCAUCACCGCGGGCGUGCACAGGCUUUGGUCACAUCGCGCGUACAAAGCGCGUACGCCUCUAAGGAUCCUCUUAGCCAUAUUGUUUACUAUCACGGGACAGCGGGACAUCUACACAUGGGCUUUGGAUCACCGGGUACACCAUAAAUACACGGAGACGGUGGCAGACCCUCACGACGUACGGCGUGGAUUCUGGUUCGCUCACGUAGGCUGGCUAUGUCUAACUCCCCAUCCCGCCGUUGAAGACAGGAGGGCUGCUCUGCGCAAAACUUCGGAUGAUCUCAUCGCGGACCCUGUUGUCAGGAUUCAAAAAAUAACAUUUAUUCCGAUGUUCGCAUUGUUGAAUAUAAUACUACCAGUUGGGAUACCAAUGUACCUGUGGGAAGAAAGCCUGCUCAACAGUUUCGUUGUGAGCUUCGUGAUGAGAUUUACGAUCACCCUGAACAUCGCCUAUAGUGUAAACAGCGUCGCUCAUAUGUGGGGAAACAAGCCUUAUGACAGGUAUCUUUAG